GGAACCACAAAAGCUUUUUAGGGAAGUUCUGCCUCUUCAAGUAGAGGAAGUGUGGGUGGACUGGAGUCCCUGAGACACCGUGUGAUGUCACUCCCCACCAGCCUAAGUGUGAUUGGUUCUGAGUAGCUGAAGCAGAGUUUAAAUUCCUGCCCUAUCAGAGAAGUGGCCAGAACAUCAAUACAAGAGUGGCUUCACUGGGCACAGGUUCCUUCUGUCAAGUGAGAACUUCAGACUGAUUGCUGAAGACUUUGGGGGGAAAAGUCUUUGUGAACUGAAGAGGAGAAGAAGACGUUUCCUGUCCUUCAUCACAGGGAGGCAUGCCACAUCUGGCUAUGAGGACCAGUGUCUUGCUCCUGCUUCUGUGGGGACUGUCCUGUGCUCUCCCGGUGGCCAGGUACCAGAAUACUGAGUAUGAAAGCUCUAAAGAAUGGAAGGAGAGCAGUGAGUCAUCAGAAGAGAGUAAACUUAGCUCUGAGGAGCAGACAAACGAAGACCUCAGUGACAGCACCGAGUCAGAGGAGGGUCUUGGUGACCAUGAGUCUCAGUACCAACCUGUUGGUGGCCUCUCCAGGAGCAGAGGAAGGGAUGACAAAGACAAUGAAGAAGAUGACAGUGGAGACGAUACCUUCAGUGAGGAAGACAAUAGUCCAGGACCAGAAGAGGGACAAGGAGCAGACUCUGUACUUGGGAGUGAAGAGGACUCAACUGAUAGCACUGAGUCCAGGCAAGACAGCACCCAGGACACCACCAGCGAGAGCAGGGACCUUGACAGUGAGGGCGAGGUGAACAGCAGGCCAGGGGGAGGCAGCUCCACUCAAGACAGUGAGAGCGAAGAGCAGCAGGUGGGUGGCAUCAGUGAUGGGGACAGCAGCCAUGGAGAUGGCGCAGAGUUUGACGAUGAAGGAAUGCAGAGUGACGACCCAGACAGCAUUAGGAGUGAGAGAAGCCACUCCAGGGUGGACAGUGCCAGCAUCCAUUCCAAGGAAUUGAGAGGGAACAGUGAGGAACACAAGGGGCCUGGGGACUCAGGCCACAGCCAGUCGGUGGGGCAUCCCAGCAGGCCCUUCCCCAGAAAGUCCCGUGUUUCCCAGGAGGAUGCUAGAGGUGAGCUGGGUGAUGCUGACACUUUGGAGGAGCAAGUCCAGAGCCACUCCACAGAAAGCUCCCACUCCAGGGAGUCUGGCCUUAGCCAGUCCAGGGAAGACAGUGAGAGUGACUCCCCAGAAGACAGCCAGGAAGGCCAGUCCCAGGAAGACAGUCAGAGCCUCCCCAACUCCAGCAGUGAGUCCAGCCAAGAGGGGGACCCACCCUCUCAAGAGAGCAGCAGUGAGUUCCAGGAGGGUACUGUGAGUGAGUCCAGGGGAGACAGCCCAGAUGGCAGUCACUCGGAAGGCCGGGAUAAGAGCCAGUCCAGUGAAGAGGACAACCUGAACUUGCCCUCUGACUCAAAAAGUUGGUCCAGGGAGGAGCCAGCCAAUAGUGACUCCAACGAGACCCUUAGGGAUUCGAAGGACAGCUCGGAGUCCACUGGGGUGGACAGCAGCUCCAGCCAGGAGAGCCUCCAGUCCCAUAGCGCCUCCAAUGAGAGCCAGAGUGAUGAGAGCAGGUCUGUGCAGGAUGGAGAAGAUGGCAGUGACUCCCGGAACAGCGGCAGCCAGUCCCAGGAAGACAGCAGCUCCACUGAGAGCACUUCCAGCAGCGAAGAGGAGGGUCAAUCCAAGAUGGCAGAGAGAGAAAGCAGGAAGCUGACAGCAGAUGCCCAGCACAACAAGCCCACUGGGGACCAAGAUGACAAUGACUGCCAGGAUGGCUACUAGCCUUGGCUUUCUCAGCAGGAGGCUCUUAGGAGUCUCUCACUUGGAGAGCCAUAGAGCACUACAGCUCUGUUUUUGUCAGCAGCGUGGCCAGGGCCCAUUUCUUCCUAAAAGGAUAAGGCCCAGGCAUUAUAUGUUUGUUUCUUGGGUGUCACCAGCCAGAGAGAUUUAAAUAACAUGCAGUGACACCAGGACACACUGACGGAGCCUGGGAAGGUGUGCAUUAGAGCUUUGCAGCUGGAAUAGUUCCUUACUCUUCACCUAUUAAUGAGGUUCUGUUUUGUGCCUGGCAUCAUGCUAGGUGCUGGGGAUAUAAAGCACAUCAAGACUUAUUUCUUGCUCCUGAGGAGCUUACAGGGGGGGGGGGGGGUAAACAAAGCCAAAGAACUGAAGAGAGAUCUCUAUGAGGGAAAUAAGAGCUAGCAUGAUCUAUUUCAGUGAGUGCCAAUAGAGAAGAACAAACAAGAUAUAUGGUAGCACAAGAGAGGUGACAACAUUGGGAUGAAAAAUCAAGGAGAACUUCACAGCAGAAAAGACUUUGCUCCACUGAAGACAGGGAAAAUCUAUUUAUUCUUGAGAUAGGCAGUAGUAAAUCCUAUAUGGUCAGAUAUUGACUUUGUGAAAGCACUUUCAAAGUGAGGUGCUUUGGAUGAACAAAUUAAAAAAUCAUUUUCUGUUAUGGAAUUUUCUUUGUGUAUAUGUGUGUGGAAUGUAAUGAACUUGGCCUCAUGAGGGUGAUAAGGAAGCGGAAGUGAGGGAGAGAAAUAGGAAGACAUUCUUCUCUUAAUAGAUGAAUUUAUGGUCCCCCUUCCAAUAUCAAACUAUGUGGAAUGAAUGGUAAGAAAUCUGUUCUCAUUCAUACUUAUUUGUAUGUUGCACAUAGCAGAAUUGUGUAUAUAGGAUUUAAUUGAUUUUUGCCAAUACCCUCUGAAAUGUUACCUCAUUCAUAUAAGAUGUUAGUUUUUGUAAUAAAGGUGACAAUC